UUUGCCCAUUUUUAUAUAUAUAUUUUUUAAUGUUAAAGGUUUUUAAAAAAAAUUCAUGAAUAAAUAAGUAGCUGGAAAAAUCGGUGAAUGGAAAUAUCAGGAAUGAAAAUAACGGGUUCGGUUUUUAUCGGAACUUAAAUGUUGGAAGCGUGGGGUCUGGGUAGUGGGACCUCACCUCUCAAGUUCUGGGAAAAUGUCGGGUGAGCUCCUCGGCAUCAACCUAGCAACGAAACAUUUCUUACAACGAUAUAAAAGCAGAUGUAAGCAUAACAAAAGUAAAAAUGAUAAAAAUGAUGAAAGUGAUAGGAUUAGUGACUGUUUUUGCUUGCUUGAUUCAAGCAUCAAACUGUAAAGCGGUCAGGCUAUGUGAAAACACAAAAACGUUUUUCCAACCACUAGCAAACGCAACAAAUUACGCUUUACUAAGUGUGAGCAAAAAGUUGCAGAAAAUGUAUGGAAGUGGUAGCCAAUGUCAGCAAAGACAGUGUAGGAACUUUGUUUUACAAGACAUCACAAAAUUAGAUCAGAUAUACCAGAAACUGGAUGUAACAAGCAGUAACCUAAAAACAAUUUUAAAGCUUAUUGAAGCGACAAACAUUAGGAAAGAUAUUCGUGGGCUUAUCAGGUUGAUAGAAAGUCGAAAAAUGGUUGCCUCAAAAUGUGAAAACGGCAUGUUAAAAGGGAAAUCAACAGACGGACAGCAACUGUACUGUUGCCAAGGAGAACAUUUAUACGUUUACCUGAAACUAUCUUCAAUGCUGAGAUCGUUAUACAAUAUUUAUAGCAGCAAAAUUAUUUACAACGUAUGAAUGGAGAGAGCUAUGGACAGAACUACAAUAUAUAGUAUAAAAGAAUGGUAAUUGAAGUUUCAAUGGUAGUAAAUCAAACGUGAGGCAACUAGCGUAUUGUGUGCAAUGGGCGGAGUUAUUAUUUUUAAUUUAAUUAUUGAGAUACUUAUUUGAAAAUGAAUUAAAGAUUUAUAAAAUCGCCUGACGUCACUCCCAUUCAAACUAAUUCAAACUCAAAAUUCUCGUAUGAUUUUUACAAUUAUAUAUCUGUAUUUUCUCUAUGCAUUCUCCCAAAUGUGUCCUUAUUUCCUGUAUAAAUACGUUUCCCUGCGACAUUCUCGCCUAGUUGUCCCCAUAUGCUUUUUAGUUCCAGUGUAACUGGUGUCCUUGUCUGCCUUGCUUUUUUUUAAAAAAAAACAUGACGUAAAGAAAGGUGAACGGAAGAUUCUGAUUUGCUUUUUUAUGGAAAUAUAAUGACGUUUAGGAAUUUUAUUUUUAUGGACGUUAUAUAUUAUACGUAUUUUUCAGAAGGAGGGGGGAGGGGGCUUUUCUGAGUAAUUACGAACAAUUAGCAAUGUAAUGCAGUUAUUUUAAAUAUACUUUAUAGGAAUAAUAAUAAUUAUGUAAAUAAAUACGGGUAUUUAUAAUUUUAUUUUUAGUUUAUAUUAUACAUUAUAAAUUUUACUUAUUUAAUGUGGAUAUUUUAAAUAUAUACUUCAAAUUGAAAUUGAAUUUUACGUAUACGAAGAAGAACUAAUAUUAUCUUUAGUUAUUUUACAUAAAUUUUAAACUAUUAGCAAUGUAAUAUAUAUUUGGGAAUUUCGUCAUACGAAAGCUGUAUUUUAUGUAAAUAAAUAGGAUAUAUUCCUUAUCUUUUCUUAGUUUUUUUUAUGUUAUAAAUUACUAGACGUUUUCUUGUAAAUAAUUUAUAGAAAUCAAUAAAAAAUAUUUGAAAAUUUCAAAA